AUGUCUCCACCUCAUCUGCCAUACACGACAUCGGACGAAGAUGAGCCGCGAUAUCCCCUGCGCUCGCUCAAGCGUCCGAUUUCACGGCCAGCUUCCGACAGCGAGAUGGACGAACUUCAGUCGGACGCAGAUGAUGAUCUCCGCCCAACUUCAAGACCGCCACCGAGGGCACCCCCAUCUCGUUCACUUGCCAAGAAAGCGGAAAGACGAGAGAUUGAUAGAAAGCGCAGGAAGGAGAAGAAGCGCAGGAAGGAGAAGAAGCGCAGGCUAAAACGUCAGCGCCGUCAGGCAGAGGCGAAAGCUGCCGCCGAGGAGGCUGCCAAGCAGGACAGCGACGGCGCCUCUUCCUCACAUAGCGUCGUUCAAGAAAACUCUUCAGCACCUCGUUCCACCAUCUCAGGCCCAUCUCGCCAUCAGAAUGGCACAGAGCCGAUGCUUGUCUCAGACAGCGAUGACGAUGACGCACCUCUAGGGCCGCUUAUUGUCCGAAGCUCACCCUCCCAGGCUGAGCAGCCAAACACAGAGCCGACACAACCUGCAGACAUUAUAAGCGAAGACGAGGUUGAAGCCCUUGCUGCACAAUCUUUGCCCACUCAAGUUAAUGCAGCGAGAUCAAGCUCUGUGCCUGUCGCGGUCGAGCCUCAGCAUGAUGAGGCUCCAUCUCAGCGCGGCGCAUCUGCUCGCCCUCAAGACACCAACGGGUCAGGUGAAGCUGGGGACCCCAUCCAAUUUGCAAGCUCCGACGCCCGGCUUCAGCUCAUGGACGACGCUGAAUACGAUGACACCGUCUCUGACGUUAGCUCGGUCUCCUAUAGCGAUUCGGAGGAGUAUCAGGAGGGCGAGUACUUCUAUACCAGCUCAGAGGGCUCUCUGCACAACUCGGAUAGCGAGGAGGGGCUCGGCGCGUGGACAAAUUGGGAUAGGCAGAAAUGGCAGGGCAAUACAGCACACCUUGACAAGGCCUACGACGGCAACUUUGACGUCAAGGCAGUUCUGCGUCAUCGUCGCAACCCCCGUCGAGGCUUUAUCGAGUAUCGCACCGUCUGGGCCGGUUAUCCCAUUUAUUCGACAACCUGGGAACCAGAGUCCCAUUUCAACAGCCCAGUCACGAUGCGAGAGUAUUGGGAACGUCAAGGAGGGCGGCCUGCCGAUGUCCCGAUCGAACUCAACGAGUACUCUGCUCACGACUCCGACACAGAUAAUGCGGUGAUGCGCCGUCCACGACAGCGUGCGCACGAGGCCAAGAAGAGGAAGCGACGGGACAUCCGACGCGACAAAGUUCAAUUGCGCGAGUACCUGGCCUCGCUGGAUAAGGAUCGGGCAAAGGCCAAAGCGAAGGAAGAGGCGAGAUACGAGAAGUUCCGCCGAGCGAAUCGUGUGGAGCUCGACACCGAGCCAGUGCAGGAGAAGGGCACCAGUCGCAGCUAUAUCAAACGCAUGGAGAAGCUCCAGGCGAAGAAGUGGCAACGGAAAGCAGCAGGCCAAGGGGCUGAGGGUGGUCCGCCGCGGUACAGCAAGACACAGGCUGACCGCAUCGUGUCCGACGUGUCCAUGAAGGGACGGGGUGGAGCGAGCUCUAGCACCAUCUCUGCUCGCACCCGCGUUUCCCAGCUCGACGACAGCAUCCCGGAGAACGACGAAGGUCAAAUGGUCUUCCGACGUUCGGGUCCCAGCUCUGGACCUGGCUACCCCGGCCUCGGCCCUGCGUCUUUGGCGCCCAUUCAGAACUCUGGAGGUGUGCGCUACACCACAUCCUCUGCUUCAGGGUCGGGUGCCGGCGCGCAACCACCCCAGACGCGCCCGCCUCCAGGCAGCUUCAAGGGUGCGCAUCGACGCGAGCCCAAAGUGCAACUCAAGAAUGACUUUGGCGAAUUCCUGAACCGCUUGCAUAGCGGCAGCGGUAGCAGGGAUCGUCAGACCAUCGAUCCUGCUGCGGGACCUCUGCAAACCCCAACGGACGCUGUAGGCCGGCCAAUCACUGCGCCGCGAAGGCCCUCUGAGGCGCGCAAGCCAAACUUGCUCGUUCUGCAGCCCGUCAAGGAUUUCAAAGGCGGUAGUCGAGCCCCUUCUGCUGCGUCACCUGCGCCUGCUAGAUACACAGGUAGCUCCGCGUCCUCAGAAGCCGGUGACAACGAACCUUUCAACAUCCCAGAGAUGAGUGCGGUGCGGAGUCAAUUCAACCCGCACCAACCCGCUCCGGAGUCGGAGGACGAGGCGAGGAAAGAAAGGCUUCCACAGACCUCCAUCACAUUGCCCAAGCGAAGCAGUAUGGCACAAACGUCAGCGACAGAGAACCCUCGUCGUCGUGCUCGCUUCGCAGCAGAGCAGCCUAAAGAGACUCCACAAGCAUUGUGGUCGCCUCCGCACGACAACGGUUACCUUUCACCUUAUGACCCGACGUCCGGCUGGGACACAGCACCGAAUACGGAGCCUGCGCCUUUAAACGUAACUCCUCGAUCGCCACUCGAAAGAGAUGUUCACCGUCGAAGCAUUGAAGGACCGCAAGGCAAAGCUCCGCAGCGUCUUGCGUGGCACGGAUGGCUAGAAUUUGUUGCAGGACACAGUGUCAUCGAGCUGGAGGGUGCGCUGCGUGCAACAGAGGCCGUGUCGUCCGAUCGGAUUAAGGCGCUCGGCUUGGCAGUCAGCGGAACGUCUCUGCGUUUCGAUAAGGUCUUGCCUUUGUCCUGGCUGAGAGACAUUCUGGCGGGACACAGCAUCGCCAGUGAAGAAGCCAUGCUGCUCGAAGCACAUGGUCCAGACGCACAGCAGGUUCGCUCUUCUCUUGAUCAGGUCUCCGAACAGGUGAAAGACUUCGACGUCGCUCUGCUUGCGUACGCCGGAGAGAAGCCACCUUCUUACGACUUUGCCAGCGGCGAGAGUGUACCGAAAGGUCGACUCGAGUACUUCGCUGCAUUCUCGGGCAAGUACAACAUCGAUUAUAUCACAGGUAUUCCUCCCGCCCUGCGAAAUGUCGCCAACCAUCCAUAUACCCUCUGCAUGAUGCCACUGCAACUCGAGCACCACCCGGCGCCAUCUCAACUCUUCUCGAUGCAGCACCCGCCGCCCUUGGAAUCUUCCGUUGGCAACAUCUUUGAUAGCUCUCUUUGCAAGAAGACGAUCGAAGAUCUCAAGAUAGGUCGCAACGACAUUCGAAAGGUCAAGCGAGCGGCGCAGCGGUACCGCAUCAGUCCUCGCCUGUACGAGGGAAUCCGGAGCAGGUACAAUGUUAUCUUCCUAGGACGAAACCCGCCGAGCUACGAGAAGAGCAUCCUGUAUUACAUGGUCCGCAUCUUUGAAGGUGGAGCGCGCCUGUCUCUCGAUACUGACAAGGAUGCGAAGCUAUUGAAGGAUCCCAAAAUCGGCGUCAACGUCUUCGUCCGGCGCGCUGCUGUCGACGAGAUUCUCAAUACUGACGAGCAGCUCACACUAGUCCUAGCAGGCUAUCUCAGGCGGUUCAAACGACAGCCACGGUGCAAGUUUUGGACAUUUGGCUUUUCACCUGAGGACCCCGACGAGCGUGUCCGCGAGAUCUUCCCUGGUCACGACGGUCUUGUGACAUUCAGCAUGUCAGCCAUCCUCGCAGAUCUCCUGCGAGCAUCGACCGAGGAAAAGGACAAGGAAGAUAAGGAAGAGGGCCAGUGGACGCAGACCGACAACGAAAAGACCGCCCCUCCUCCCGUCCUCUGUCAAGCGGCAUACCACGUCGCAGACAACUGGCGAGUCCGACUCCAUCCGUGGAUCCGUCCUUGUUUUAGGCUUCUCGCUGACCAACUCGAGCCCGCCUGUCGAUCUCUGAACUUGCUCCAAGAAGACGACGAGUUCCCCAUCGAGUUGAUGCUUGAGCUCGACACCAAGCUCGAGGUGCUUUACACAUCCGCGCUUGUGGAAGAAUGGACCGGCGAUGUCAUCAACGGACUGCCAUUCGACGAGCCGACCGAAGUGCCCGACAAGCCAGAGGAGCUCAUUAAGAAGCUGGACGCCGAAGUGUUUGCUACUAUCCGCAAGAGUCAGCUACGCACGAUCUCUGAUACAAGAUUCCAUGUCAUGGUGUCAUGCAGCGGAGUGGAGGAGAAGAGGUCAGAGGAAGAAACUGCAGGAGUCGAAGUGAUUAGCAUCGAGGAGUUCAGCGGCAACAGGUGUCGAGAGUUGGCAAAGCUGCCUGGCAAUUGA